CUCCUGCUUGCUACCCCUCCAGGUUCCUGAGAUCAUCAGUACGUUGAGACAAGCUGGCAAGAGCUCCGCACGCAAUGAUGACAUCACCACCAUUUCCAACAAAACUUCCACUGGAGGCAGCGAUUCCUCAGAAAACAGCUUUUCUUCUCUCUCCACAAUGACAACCUCCGCAGCACUGUCUGCUGCUGUGUCUCCGACAGCCUUUUCCAAGAAGUUUGAGGUGCUGUUCUGCGGCCGUGUGAGUGUUGCUCACAAGAAAGCCCCUCCGGCACUGAUUGAUGAGUGCAUCGAAAAGUUUAGCCGGUUGCAUGGCUCAGGGACGAGCAAUAAAGAAGGAAAUGGUGGGGGAUUGGUGGGUGGGCUGAGGAGGGUAUUAGCCUUUCAAUCCAAUGGACUCGAGAGAAGUGACAAUGGUAAUGGUGCUGCAAGGAGCCCAACCACUGGGAAGCAUCCUGUCCUGUUUAAAAGAGACCCCAGCUUUCCCUGUCUGCAGGCCCUGGAUGAGAAUGGACUCUCUCCUGAGAUCUCUCACACCAACACUACAGACUCACACACCCACUCUGCUGGAGUACAGCCCACCAGCCUGCAGGAGAACAGGACCAUGCUGUUUACGGUGGGCAGGUCUCAGAUCUUCUUGGUUAGUCCAGACACUAAGAAAGUUGCCAUAGAGAAGAGUUUCAGAGAAAUCUCCUUCUGUUCACAGGGUAUUCAUCACGUGGAUCACUUUGGCUUCAUUUGCAGGGAGACAGUGGAAGGAGGAAGCUUCCACUUUGUUUGCUAUGUCUUCCAGUGCACCGAUGAAUCACUGGUGGAUGAGAUCAUGCUGACUUUGAAGCAGGCGUUCUCUGUGGCAGCCCUGCAGCAGAAUGCAAAGACCCAGAGUCAGCAGUGUGACAGCUGCCCCAUACAGCAGCUCCACAGACUGUGUGAGAGGAUAGAAGGUCUUCCCCCAUCUAAAACCAAGCUGGAGCUUCAGAGACACUUGGCCACUCUGGACAACCAGGAGCAAGCAUCAGUCUUUGAAAACACUAUGAGGGCUCGUCCUAAGAGCGAUCAGGAAGAGAAUGAAUUGGUGAUGGCCUCUUUAAGGAAUCUGUAUGAGGAGAGGCAGAGGAGCCAUCAGCACACUCUGCCUGGAGACAGAAAACAGGUGUGUGAGGAGGCAGCUCCAGUCCCAGUUGAGGCACAGCAGAGUAGCAGUCGGCAGCGACUUGAGCAGUUCAAGAGCCGAGCCAAGCGCUCUCUCACUGAGUCCCUGGAGGGGAUCUGGAAGGGGAGCAGCAAGGCCAGAGCUCAGAGGGUCAACAGUGUAGGGAGUGACAGCGGCUCUUCCAUUUGUACCGUCAACAGCAGCCAAGACCAGCCUUGUCUAGAUGACCCCUUGCCUGCCUUCUCCCAGCUGCGACCCACCAGCCCACUCAGGUGCCACAACUCAACAGGAGACCUGAAGCGCCUUGACUCCUCUCUCGUCCUGUCUCCCUCCUCCUCUUUACCCGGUGAUGCUCAGCCACAGGGCUUCCGCCGACGGGCCAACACUUUCAGCCAUCCUUCCACCCCUUCCUCAGCAGAGUGCUCACCGGUGCAUACGCUAACUCACACACCACAGGACCCUACUGCAGCUACUAAGCCCAAGCUCGUAAGACACUACUCCGUCAGCACCGACACUCCACACCAGAGCAAACAUGUCCCAACCGACUCCACCCUUCCUCCUGUUCCUCCCUGCCCUUCGUCUCCCUCUCCUUUCCUCCCUCAUCAUCCUUCCUCACCUUCUACUGGAGCCCGGCUCAAUAAAAGAGGUCCUCUGGGUGGUCUGGGUGGUCUGCGUGCUCGUCUCCACUCCUCCUCCUCUGUUCCUAAUUUUCUGAAAUUUUCAUUUCUGGCCCCUGUCCAAGAGAAUGAUUGUCCUGAGCCAAAGAGCAGUGAUGUAGCAGCUCUGUCUACACAAAGUGCAGCAUAUGGAGUAGGGGAAAGCCCUCUGCGCAGUCACCGUCACUCAUGGAGGCAGCAGAUCUUCCUACGGGUCGCCACACCUCAGAAGAACACAGAAACCAAUGAGCGGGGGGAUCCCUGUCUUGAGGGGGGUCGAGUGUGCGUGGGCCAGGUGGGAGGUGGAGGAAGUGGGGACUCAUCCAUAAGGGUGGUGCUUGAGGAGAGGACGAAAAGGAGCAAAGAGGAGCUGAGGGAGCUCUGGAGGAAGGCCAUCCUGCAGCAGAUCCUGCUGCAGAGGAUGGAAAGGGAGAACCAGAAACUACAGGCCUCAGAAAACGAUCUGCAGAACAAGCGUCUGAAGCUGGACUACGAGGAAAUCACACCGUGUCUGAAGGAUGUCACUCUGGUCUGGGAGAAGAUGCUGGGAACUCCUGCAAGGGCAAAGGUCAAGUUUGACACAGAGACCAUACACGCUGCUGUUGAACAAGGUGUCCCAAGACAACAUCGAGGCGAGAUCUGGAAGUUUCUGUCUGAACAAUAUUUACUCAGGCAGACGGUCCCGUCCCGACCCCCUGCCAAUCAUACUCCAUACAAAGAGCUGCUGAAACAGCUCACCUCACAGCAACAUGCCAUCCUCAUAGAUCUGGGGCGCACUUUUCCAACUCAUCCAUAUUUCCAAGCACAGCUGGGGGCAGGACAGCUGUCUCUGUAUAAUUUACUGAAAGCCUACUCACUGCUGGACCCUGAGGUGGGCUACUGCCAGGGCCUGUCCUUUAUUGCUGGAGUGCUGCUGUUACACAUGGGGGAAGAAGACGCCUUCAACAUGCUCAAAUUUCUAAUGUAUGACGUGGGGCUUCGCAAACAGUACAGGCCUGACAUGAUAAUCCUGCAGAUUCAGAUGUACCAGUUGUCGCGGCUGCUCCACGACUACCACCGGGAUCUUUACAGCCACCUAGAGCAGCAGGAGAUUGGACCCAGCCUAUACGCCACCCCCUGGUUUCUCACCGCCUUUGCCUCACACUUCCCCCUCGGCUUCGUGGCCAGAGUCUUCGAUAUGUUGUUCCUGCAGGGGUCAGAGGUCAUCUUUAAGGUGGCCUUGAGCCUGCUGGGGAGCCACAAGCCUCUGAUCCUGCAGCAUGAGAACCUGGAGUCCAUAGUGGACUUCAUCAAGACCACACUGCCCAACCUGGGCCUGGUGCAGAUGGAGAAAACCAUCAACCAGGUUUGUCAGAUGGACAUGUCCAAGCAGCUCCAAGCCUACGAGGUGGAGUACCAUGUCCUGCAGGAUGAGUUGCUGGACAUGCCCCCGACCCUCAACCAACAGCAGCGAGCCGCACAGCUGGAGAGGACCAAUCAGAGCCUCCGACAGCAAAACCUCGACCUGCUUGAGGAGCUACAGGUGUCGCACGCUCGCGUCUGCAGCCUGGAGAGCCGAGUGGAUGCUUUGGCCCAGUCGGAGGCCCAGCUGAGGGAGCACGUUUCGGCACUGGAGGAAGAGAAGAAGCAGUUGUUUAGCACCGUCACGCGCCUCCAGGACCUCCUCACCAGCCUCGGCAUACACACCACCCCUGAUGGACACACGCUCUGAAAGACACAGUCACAGCGACAGCAAAGAUGGAAGACAGAGAGGGGGUGGCGAGCAGGACUGUUGACUCCCUUCCCCACUCUUUGGUUCUUCCAGAGGGUUCAUAACUGCACAUACAUUUUUCCAAAUGGUAAGGUCACCUAGACGAGGAAUCGUUUGUGGAAGGCCCAGGAAGAGAAGGUCGAGUGAGAUGUUAAAAUGACUCCCUACCUCGACCUUUAUCCUCUUCCCAGCUCCAGAAUGUUUUAAUAAAAAGAGGAAAUCCUAAGGUAGUUGGACCUAAAACAGAAAGGAGAAGGAUGGAAAUAUAACAAAAAUGGGGAUUUAAAAAAAAAUAAAAGAGAAAGAAAAACAUGGAUGGCACCCUUGAGUAUUAUCCCAAAAAGCACAACUGCCCACUUCCUGCUCUUUAACAAAUAUAAAAAGAAAAUGUGAUUUGAACAACAGUCCCCAAAGGUAGCACUGUCCCACUGGGUCCCUAAUGUAAAAACAAAACAGUUACAUUUGCCCCUGUACUUAUAUGUAUGUUUGUGUCUUUGAAUGUCUGUGAGUGUCUUCACUCAUGUGUUUUAUGCUCUUGUGUUGGCUGCAACAAGGCUAAAAUAGCCAAAGAAUGUCAUCAAUAUAAAACAAGCGUGAACAAAGAAUCCGAUCCUGAAACAACAUGUUAUGGAUCACACUUAGACAUAACAAGAAGGUAAUACAAAGAUGAAAUGUUUCCAAAGAAAAGGUGCAAGAAGAAAGUGAGAUGAAGGGACGGGUGAAGUGUUUUUUGUUUUCUUUUUCUAUUAUAUAAGCUAAAUGAUGUCAGAUAGAUCUUAAAUGGUGGUGCUCAUAUUCAGAGGUCAAAGGGGAACUAUUUUUGAUAUCUCCUCCCUAUUUCUAGGCUUCCAUAGUUUUGUUUCCUGAUCCUGUACACUUUCAACUUUAGUUGCUGUAGCUCGCAGGAAGAGUAACACAAUAAAUCCAGUCCAUUUCACAUCCUGUUUUUUCCCCUUUGAAUACACGUCGAUCCGUCUGUGUAGAAAGGGAAAUAGAUGCAGUUUAAGCAGAAAACUUUAGCUGUGGGGUGACCUUUGCAGCGGCUCGGAUUCGAAUCCGACCUGCAGCCCUUUGCUGCGUGUCAUCCCUCAUCUCUCUCCCACCUUUCCUGUCUAUCCACUGUCACUCUGAAAUAAAGGGAAAAAGCCCCAAAAAAUCAUCUUUAAAAAAAGAACACUUUAGCUGUGCUUUUCUAGUGAGGGGAAGUACAGAAUGCUACAGAUCAAUUGAUUUAAAGUUCAAAACACACUUCAAACAGGAAACCUCUGCUGUUGAGACAAUCCGUCAGCUAUGAGUCAUUUACUGUAUUCAACACUGAAUUCCUUCAAUCUGAGAUGCAGCUUGGUGUGUUUGGAUGCAAGUCUCUAAAUGUGUGUCUGUGUGCUUGUGCACUUCACUGAUGGCAACAAAUCUGUUGAUUUACACUGUAAAGAUAUUUUGCUUUUACUCCUGACUCUCCUUGCACAUGUGUUUUGUUUUAAUUGAUUAUUGAUAUUAUUGUUAUCCUGUACUUUAAAAUACAUUUCAUAUCCUUUCAGCA